AUGGCCUUGCACCUGAGUCGACUAGGCGCCGGCCCCUGCUGGCAUGCGGCGCGGGGAGCCUGCGGAGCGCUGCGUGCUUGGCCCGGGCGCUGCGCAGCCGGGCGCAUCUGCCGGCUGCCUGGCACGGCUGGCGCGGUGCAGAGCCGCGGGCUGAGGAUCGGCCCGAGUGCGAGGGGCGGACCCCGGGUGGGGGCCGGGCUCACCGUCGCUCUGGCGGGGCUCGCGGGACUGGCCGCCGCAGCCUUCGGACACGUAGAGUGGGCAGAGAUGGUGCCCAAGAGCACGCGGGCGCGGAGCCCCCAGCCGCCAAGACCAGAGGAGCAAGAUGAGCUGGCUCGCCGCUGCAGCUGCUUCAUGGCCUUGCCUGUGACUGACCUGCGCGAGUUGCGGGGGAGGCCAGACGACGUGAAGACCAAGAUGGAACUGUUGAUCAUGGAGACGCAGGCCCAGGUGUGCCAGGCUCUAGCUCAGGUAGACGGAGGCGCCACCUUCUCUGUGGACCGGUGGGAGAGGAAGGAAGGAGGAGGUGGCAUAAGCUGUGUGCUUCAAGAUGGGCGUGUUUUUGAAAAAGCUGGAGUGAGUGUUUCUGUUGUUCAUGGGACCCUUUCUGAGGAAGCAUCAAAGCAAAUGAGAAGCAGAGGGAAAAUCUUGACGCCUAAAGAUGGUAAAUUACCCUUUUCGGCUAUGGGUGUGAGCUCUGUUAUCCACCCCAAGAAUCCCCAUGCACCUACUGUUCAUUUCAACUAUAGAUACUUUGAGAUGGAGAGCGCUUCUGGUAACAAGCAGUGGUGGUUUGGUGGUGGAUGUGACCUUACUCCAACAUACUUGAACCAGGACGAUGCUGUCCAUUUUCACAGAACUCUGAAGGAAGCUUGUGACCAGCAUGGUCCAGAUCUAUACCCUAAAUUUAAGAAAUGGUGUGAUGAUUACUUCUUUAUAGUCCAUCGUGGAGAGCGGAGGGGCAUCGGUGGGAUCUUUUUUGAUGAUCUUGACUCUCCGUCUGAGGAGGAGGUGUUCCGCUUUGUGCAGAGCUGUGCCCAGGCUGUAGUUCCUUCUUAUAUUCCUCUUGUGAAAAAGCACUGUGAUGACUCAUUCACUCCCCAGGAGAAAAUGUGGCAACAGCUCAGGAGAGGCCGGUAUGUGGAAUUUAAUCUGUUGUAUGAUCGGGGCACAAAAUUUGGCCUUUUCACCCCAGGAUCCAGGAUUGAAAGCAUCUUGAUCAUCUUGAUGUCUUUGCCUCUAACUGCCCGAUGGGAAUACAUGCAUUCACCCUCAGAGAAUUCCAAAGAAGCUGAAAUUCUGGAAGUUCUGCGUCAUCCCAGGGAUUGGGUGCAUUGA